AUGGGUCGACUCCGACGCUUGGGACUCCUGCUCUCUGCCCUCGCAUGUCUCCACGGUCGCGCCUUUGCCGACGUUUUCAGCCUCUCCGAUCUCUCUUGGUCGCUCAGCAAUCAGAACGGCUCGGUCGUCGUACCGGGCUCGCUUCCCUCCCAAGUGCAUCUCGACCUCAUGAAGGCCGGAGUCAUCACCGAGCCCUUGCUGGAGCUCAAUGACUUCACUCAAAGGUGGAUCACAAACGACAACUGGACGUACACCGCAGACGUUUCCUCUUUCGUCCGCUCAAACGCGUUUAAGAACGCGCAAAAGACCCUUCUUGUCUUCUACGGAAUCGAUACCAUUGCGAACAUCACCCUCGCCGGCCAGCCCGUCGCGUGGGUCAGCAACCAGUUCCAGCAGUACGUCUUCGACGUGUCCGAUAUCCUCGCGAGUCCCCAACGCAAAAACACGAACCUCACCGUCGCCUUCGAAUCCGCUUGGUGGUAUGGUCUCAACUUCGAGUAUCCUGGCGUGCGCAUGUGGAUCCGAAAAAUCCAGUCAGACUUUGGGUGGGACUGGGGACCCGCAUUUGUCCCCUCGGGCAUUCACAAACCUGCGUACUUCAUCACUCUGUCAGAUCCGAGCGACCCCAAAGCGUCAGACACAGAUGCCUCGCGAACGUCUUCGUCGAGCUCGCCGAUCCUGAUCUCCGAGUCCUCGAUCGACAUCUUCAAGCAAGGAUACGUCGCAGCAACAGGCGACCCGCCCGACGAGACCGCGCCGUGGGUCGUGAACGUGUCGCUUGCGGUGCACUCCGUCGUCGACGCGCUGUCGCCCUCGCUCACGCUGUCCAUCGCUGAACUCGGCCUGACGUCGCACCCGAUCGCUCUGCCGCCCAUUCGAGCGAGUUCCGCAGGGUCUCAUAGUGUGGUGAGCGUGCCCACCUGGCUCAGCACCGCCGACUGGACGAUCCACGACAACGUCCCCGAGCGCUGGUAUCCACACAACCUCGGCACGCCGAAGCUCUACAACCUCACGCUCACGCUCGAUCUCCACCUCUCCGAGUCUCGCCCCUUUGACAACAGCACGUCACGCUCAGGCGCUGGCUCGAUCACGCUCACGACGCCCGUGGGGUUCCGAACGAUCCGGCUCGCGCAGACGCGGUACCCCGACGCGGAAGUCGCCGCACGCGGCAUCACGCCAGGGGACCAGUGGCAUUUUGAGGUGAACGGCAAGGCGUUCUACGCGCUGGGGACGAACAUCAUCCCGUUCGACCCGUUUUACGCGCGCAUCACGGACGCGCAGGUCGCGUGGGUGCUGGAGAGCGCGGUCCGGAGCGGGCAGAACAUGCUGCGCGUGUGGGGCGGCGGGGUGUACCAGCCGUCGAGCACGUCGGUGGGGACGACGCUGGCCUAUCCGCCGCAUGUGACGGACACGUACUCGUUCUACGCGACGUGCGACGCGCUCGGGAUCCUCGCGUGGUCCGAGUUUAUAUUCUCCGACGCGCUGUAUGCGCUUGACGACUGGCUGCUUGACUCGGUGGACGUCGAGGUGCGUCAGAACGUGCGCAGGGUGAACCGGCACGCGAGCAAUGUGCAGUGGGCGGGCGGGAACGAGAUCGAGGGCAUCGUGCAGGGGGUGAAUGUGAGUGGGGUGGCAGACGCGAAGCACUAUCUGGAUGAGUAUGUCACUCUGUUCCAGGAUAUUCUACACGAUACGGCGUACGACGAGACCAAUUCAGUUCCGUACACGGAUUGUUCGACGACACACGGGGUGCUAAGUAUCGACCCCUUGAUUCUGAGAUUCGCGAACGGGACGCCGGGCGAGAUCUACGGGAACAGCGAACGAUACAACUAUGACGGUUCGCAAGCUUUCAAUUACAGCACGUUCCCUGUUUCUCGGUGCGUCGUUCCGGUGCUCUUCCAUUCUCAGCCGUCGUUUUACAGCUGGGAGGAGGUCCUCACGUCCCCGGAUGACUUUUCCUUCAACUCGACUGUGGUCGCCUCGCGCGAUCAUCACCCGCCCGCCGGAAGCCUGGCGUUCCCGAAUCCGAACGCUGCGCAGGGGCAAGCGCAGAUGACGACCGCCGUCGAGCUCUGGCUACCGACGCCCGGCACGUCCGACUCGAACCAGACGUUCGCCCAGUGGUGCUGGAGCACGCAAAUCUUCCAGGCGAUGACGAUGGGCUCGCAGAUCGCGUGGUACCGGCGCGGGGCGGGACAGGGCGAGAACAACCUCGGCGCGCUCGUGUGGCAGCUGAACGACAUCUGGCAAGGCGCGAGCUGGAGCAGCAUCGAGUACUCGGGCCGGUGGAAGGUGCUGCAGUACACGCUGAGCAGCGUGUAUCAGCCCGUCGUGAUCAACGCGUUCUGGACGCCAACGAACGCGAGCUUGGAGAUCGUCGUCACGUCGGACCGGUGGGAGGCGGUGCGGGGCGCUGCGCAGUGGACGUGGUUCGAUUGGGAGGGCAACGCGCUGGAGACGGCGCGCAAGGCGUUUGUGGUGCCGAGCUUGAACAACUCGGUGCUGUUUCGGGGGCAGGGGCUGGAGAGCAUCUUGCCGAAGGGUAAGGGCGCGUCUGAGGUGUGGCUGUUGCUGAACGUGACGGCGGAGGUGGACGGCGGGACGGUCACGAGCGAGCAGUUUUUCACGCCUGCGUCUUUGGCGACCGCACCGCUCGUCGAUCCGCAGAUCAGCGUCACGCACGGCGGCGGUCUGACGUUCACGCUGUCGGCCAAGGGGGGCGUCGCGCCGUGGACGUGGCUAGAUCACCCGGCGGGUUCGGUCGGGUACUUCGUCGACGCCGUUACGGGCGUCCCGUCGAACGGGUUCUACCUUGUCCCGGGAAUGGACAGGACAGUGUCGUUUGUGUACAAUGGGGCGGUGUCGAAGAGCGAGCCGGAUCCAGACGAGUUUGUGGUGAGGUCGUUGUGGAAUAACACGCAUGUGUAAAUAGCGGUGGAAGAAGCCGGAUUGUAACAACAGGUUUUCUUAUUCGG